AUGUCAGUCGCAGACGACAGUAGCAGUAGCAAUGGCGGCAUCACCCUGCCAAUGUCCUCACCCACAUCACAGACUACAUCACCAAUAGCAUACGACAAGUAUGUCAAUCCAAUGUCAUGUGCACUAUCACUGAUGAUGGCUGCAUUUGCUAUUGGCAUGAUUGUGUACUCUGUGGUCAACAAUCAACCAUACACCACGUGGUUGUCUCUACUCGCAGGAGUAUGGGGAAUCUGGAUGCCAACACCUGUGUUGAGAUUCCGCCAACAGCAGCAACAGCAACAGGAACACAAGGUUACUGAGCAGAGUCAACGAUUCUAUCAGACAGAUCCAGUGGUUGAUGCUAAUGAGCGACAACAAUAA